ACAUGACACUAACAUGUUAUCCAUUCCAUUGGGGUGUAAAAGCUGCAUAUCCUGUAACACCUACAAAAAGAAGCAGAACACCUCCAGGGAAGAUCAGCAAUGGAAGCUACACUGGCUUUCCUGAGGCAUCAGCUCGACGACCAACUACAAGAAGAACUUCAAAUAAUGGACCCAAAGGAGGAGUACUAGCUGACCCCAUUCCUGAUGCAGAUAAGGCUAAGGACAUCAAAACACCACACAUCAGUAAAGAUCUUGAAUCUUUGCAGCUAAUUAUCAGAGCCCUGAAAGCCAAUGAAUUCCUGUGCAACUUAAAUGAGGUACAGAUGCAGGCUGUGGCAGAGGCCAUGUCACUACAAGUGCUUGAUAGCAGUGGAUUUGUGAUUGAGGAGGGGGAAAUAGGUAGGCACUUAUAUGUGUCAGCUGCAGGCAGGUUUGAAGUGAUUAAAGGUGGUAAAUCAUUGGGGACCUUUGGCCCUGGCACAGCGUUUGGAGAAAUUGCUAUUUUGUACAACACUAAGAGGCAGGCAUCCAUCAAAGCCGAUGAGGGAGCUAGUGUGUGGGUUCUCGAUCGUCGUAUCUUCAAGCAGAUUAUGAUGCGUACAGGACUACAAAAGACAGAAGAUAAUAUCAAGUUUCUUCGUACUGUUCCCAUACUAGAAGGUUUAAGUGAAAGAGCCCUUGCUGCUAUAUCUGAACUUGUGCGUGUUGAAUUCUUUGCACCAAACACAGUCAUUGUCAGACAGGGAGAUGAAGGUGAUACAUUCUACAUCAUCAGUGGUGGAAAUGUGCAGUGCAGCAAGAAAACAUCUUCUGGUGUGGAAGAAAAGCUAGCUGUGCUUGGAACUGGAGAAUAUUUUGGAGAACUAGCAUUGUUACAUUCUAUAGUUCGUCAGGCUACUGUCACUGCCUUACACCCAGGAGUGGAAUGUCUGGUCCUUGAACGAGGUCCAUUCAUACAGUUCCUGGGAGAUCUUGAUGACUUAAAGAAAAGUUAUGAUGGUCCUGAACCACCUCGUCCAUCAGCCACUGCAGUACCAACCAUAGAGCAUGAAGAUUUGAAACUUUCUGAUCUUGAAGAGAUAGCUACUCUUGGUGUUGGAGGAUUUGGAAGAGUUGAGUUAGUAGUGAGCCGAACCAAUAAAAAUCUUGUGUUUGCACUGAAGAAGCUGAAAAAAUCAUAUGUUGUGGAACAACAGCAAGAACAGCAUGCUUAUAAUGAGAAGAAUGUUAUGCUUCGAUGCAAAGACUGUCCUUUCAUAUCAAGGUUGUAUCGGACAUAUCGUGAUUCAAGGUAUGUUUACUUUUUGAUGGAACCAUGUCUUGGAGGUGAUGUAUUUUCUCUACUUCAGAGACGCCAUCUUUUUGAUGAGAAGACAGCUCGUUUCAUGACAGCUUGUGUAGUGGAAGCACUAGACUAUCUACACACUCGUGGUUUCAUCUAUCGUGAUUUGAAACCUGAAAAUCUCCUCUUGGAUUCGAAAGGUUAUAUUAAAAUGGUUGACUUUGGCUUUGCAAAAGAAGUGGGUCCUGGAGGUAAAACAUGGACAUUUGCUGGAACACCAGAGUAUGUUGCCCCAGAAAUAAUACUCAAUUUAGGACACAAUCGGGCAGUUGACUACUGGGCACUUGGAAUAUUUAUGCAUGAGCUGCUGACUGGAAGACCACCAUUCCGUGGAAGUGACCAUCUAAAAACAUAUAAUAUGAUACUAAAAGGAAUUGGAGCAGUAACUUUCCCUAAGUACAUGUCAAAGUAUGCUCAAAAUAUGAUACGUCACCUCUGUCAACAUCAUGCUGCAGAACGUCUUGGAUAUCAAAAGGCAGGGAUAAAGGAUAUAAAGGACCACAAAUGGUUUCAUGGAUUUGACUGGGAAGCACUAAGGAAAGGGACAAUGAGAGCUCCAAUCAUACCAGUGAUUAAAGGACCCACUGAUACAUCCAAUUUUGAUAAGUACCCUAAGACAAAAGACAAUGCUCCUGAUGAAUUUUCUGGUUGGGACAAAGACUUCUAGGAAAAUAACGCAACGAUGACUAUGUGCAGUUCAAGAAGUUGAAGUCUUCUUGAAUUUAUCCAGUAUCAUUCAUCAGCUGACAUCACUGAUGUUCUACAAAGUUCCUACUUUUUUUAGUCACACAGCAGGCAAUGUAUAAUACUUUAACUCGACAAUGAUAUGGCAAUAAUUAAUAAUACAUCACUAAAGAGAAAUCCUGUUAAAUGAUAAAGGUUAAGCUAUGUUUCAUAUUGUUUCACUAUUUGUAUAACUCUCUCUCUCUCUCUGUCUCUCUCUCUCUCUCUCUCUCUCUCUCUCUCUCUCUCUCUCUCUCUCUCUCUCUCUCUCUCUCCCCCCUCCCCCCUCCCCUCCACCCUCUCUCCAUUUGUGUACCAACUAAGAGAACAAAGUAUGAAAUUAAUUAAUUCAGAUGAA